CCAUGCGACAGCGACUUUCCGUGCGAUCUUUCAUCCAGCGGCUGCUGUAAAAAAAUGAUUGAAGACGACGUCUUUCCGUGCCAGUUUUCGGACGCUGCAUGGACUUCCGACUUGACCAAGUGUAACAUCCAAACUGACUGUGUGUGGCACUAUCUAAACUCAAAAACUUCGACCGUUCGUCAGGCGCAUCGAGGCUGGGCACUGAAAGAAGAAAAAUAUGUCAAGAAUAUCAGAGUGAAUUUAGACACUGGCGAUACCACUAUCGGUCUGAUGAGAGCGAUGUGUCUUCCGUCGAUGAAGAGUGGAUUUUACGUAGUUUCCGCGUGGUUUGACAAAGCAACAGGCAACGUCGUUGGAGCCCACUGUCAAUGUGCCGCCGGCCUGAGUGAAACCUGCCAGCAUGUGGCUGCGGCGUUGCUCGCAGUUGCGGAGAAGGCAGCUGACAAGACUACCUGCACCGACGUACCCUGCAGAUGGAUUGUGCCUUCAGAAGCCAAGAAGCCAGCUCCAAGGGUGCCCCUGAAAGAAAUUCCCUUCCAGCGACACUUAGUAAAUCAACCGGCUCGCACGAAACGAAGGAGGGAUUAUAGCCCCACCAGCAACUUGCUGCCAUGUGGCGAUGCGGCUGCUCUGGGAAAAAAGCUACGCACUCGUUUGCCUACUCUGCAGGUAGUGCGCUACCUCGGCACAGCAGAAUGCGCUCCUAAGAGAGAAAUGGACACAGCAAAGCCUAAGAUUGCAGAUGAAGAUAACCUGUCAGACACGCAUGUACAGGGCGUAAUAAAUGCUCAUCUGCAAUCUCUGCCAGCCUUAGAUGGUGCCGAGCGUGAAGCUUUACGCCUUCAGACUUUAGGACAGGCAGAUAACAAACUGUGGCAUGCUGCACGCACUGGUCGCCUCACUGCAUCCAUGUUUAAACGGUUUUGCCGUUGUGUCAAGCCUGAAGGCUUGCUAAGGACAGUAUUCUAUCCAAGUGGUAAAGCAAUGUCAGAGGCAAUAGCCUAUGGAAGGAAGCACGAAAAGGAUGCUGUGGAUUUGUAUGUGCAGCUCCAGCAAAUGAGAGGCACAAAUGUGCAAAGCCAUGAAACUGGGCUGCACAUUCAUCCGCAAUAUCCUUUUCUGGCAGCUUCACCUGACAGAAUUAUUGUUUUAGAUGGAGAAGAAGGUCUCUUGGAAGUUAAGUGUCCCUUCUCGAAGAAGGGACUUACAGUUGAAGAGGCAAGUAAGGACAGAAAGUUUUGCUGUGUCCUUGAGGAAGAUAAUGAAGUAGUACUCAAAAAAGAUCACCCAUACUACUUUCAAGUUCAAGGGCAAAUGGCCAUCACUGGCCAUGCAUGGUGUGACUUUGUAAUUUGGACAGAAAAUGAACAAGCUGGUGAGCCAAACUGCAUUCACAUACAGCGGAUAUAUUUUAACAGUAAAUUUUGGGAAAAUGAAAUGCUGCCAGCCCUGCUGCAUUUUGCUAAGUGGGCACUUGUGCCAGAAUUAAUAACAAAGCGUGUGAAACGACUAGGCACCCUUUAUUUAAAUGGACAGUAUGUUUCAUACAAGAAAUUGCAACAAGGUUUUUAUGUUUGCAAGCCUGGAAAUGGUCUUGCAGUGACAUUACGGAGGCUGAAGUGAAUGAAGCUGUAGUGCCAGGAUGUGUGGUAGUUUGAAAUUAUGGGGUUUUACGUGCAAAAACCACAAUCUCAUUAUGACGCACACCGUAGUGCGAGACACCAGAAAUUUGGUCCACCUGGGGUUUGUUAAUGUGCACCUAAAUCUAAUUACAUGGGUGUUUUCACACCCGCCGUGGUUGCUCAGUGGCUAUGGUGUUAGGCUGCUGAGCACGAGGUCGCGGGAUCGAAUCCCGGCCACGGCGGCCGCAUUUCGAUGGGGGCGAAAUGCGAAAACACCCGUGUACUUAGAUUUAGGUGCACGUUAAAGAACCCCUGGUGGUCAAAAUUUCCGGAGUCCCCCACUACGGCGUGCCUCAUAAUCAGAAAGUGGUUUUGGCACGUAAAACCCCAUAUAUUAUUAUUAUUAUUGGGUGUUUUCACAUUUUGCUCCCAU